UGUCAACCAACCAAGCACAAUCCUCCAACGAGCAGAAAUGGGGACGAGGGCUAAUUUGCGGCGGUACAGACUGGCUCAAACUUGGCCGCAAAGAACGCGGAGGGGCGGCGAAAGCUGAGAAUGGGGCACCACAGAACCCCGACCUCUUUGAACCACACCUGCUUCGGUCACUCUUAAACGUCAAAUCUGUCUCUGUUCAUACUUCGUGCAGCGGGUGCCAUUUCGUAGUUCUCGACAUAGAGGGGAAUGCAUGGUUGUUUGGACGCAACGGGUUCUCUACUCUCGGAGUCCCCAAAGUCGAGUACGUCUCGGAGAACGCGCCACGGAUGCUGAAUCCUGCAGAAUUAGGUGCUCCGAAAGGCACGAAGUUCGUCCAUGCGGCAUGCGGUCGAAACCACACGCUAUUAGUUGGAAGCGAUGGUUCCCUCUGGGCGGCAGGCCAGAAUAACCUGGGACAGGGUGGUCACCCUACGUGCCCUGAAGUUUCUACCUUCCAAGCUGUGUGUUACAUUCUCUGUUGUGUUGACAGAUACUGGCAAAGGUACAAUCCUCUAACCGCGGCGGAGAAAGGCCAGCUUGGAAACGGCACGACUGGCGAGCGCAUUACGACUGGAAACAAGACGUCGUACGACAUUGAGACCACGCCAGGUUAUGUCAAGGAGCUAGACGGCAAGAAGAUCGUUCAAAUAGCCUCCGGCCAGCAGCACAGUUUAGCCCUUGAUGACACUGGGCUUGUUUACGUCUGGGGGUACAAUGGCUAUUGUCGUUUAGGGCUAGGCAACCAAGUCGACGCCUUGAAGCCGAAAGUUGUGCCGCAGGUCGCUGGUCCAAACGAGGCCACGAUGGCAGCUGGAAUUGCGGCUGGCCCCAGUAACAGCGUCGUCAUUGAUAAACAAGGCAUGUAUUGGAUGGCUGGUAAAGGGAAGAACAGCGGCGAAGGUUCCUCUGGUUCUCCGUAUUCAUCGUUCCGAUAUAUGCAAGACAUCAUGGGUUGCAAGAUACUUCUAGCUCGGUCAGGAGGUGUUACACACUGGCUCGUAACCCCUGAUGACGAUGGCUCUCCGAUGACAGUCGGCUGGGGUCAAAACGCAAUCAAUGGCGAGCUCGGGUUAGGUCCUGACGAACCCAAGAGUGCGACCAAGCCAACUCGUAACAUCCCUCUAGUUGGCAUCGAUGUUUUCGAGAUCGCUGCUGGACAGAACACCACUGUAUUCCUUGCAAAGCCCACAGAAAAGUUUUCCGAUAUGCCCAGGCACCCAGAGGAAGUCGACGCUCCAGCUUACUGCGUCAAAUGCAACAAGGACAACGGAGAGGACGAUUCUCCCCUCGAAUGUGACAAAGGUGAUGCACCGUGGCACCUCAAAUGCUUGAAUCCUCCCCUUAACGCGGUGCCGGCCGGCGAGUGGUUCUGUCCUGACUGCGAGGAUGAUCCUGGUGCGCCUGUAGGUGCUUGGGCCGUAAAGAAAACCAAGUCGAAGGCGAAGAAACGGUCAGCGAGUCCGGCUCCGAUAGACGAAAGCGAGACUGGCCAAAGGAAAGCUGGUGCACCGGCCCCUAAGAAGAAGAAACAAUAGG